UUAUUCCUUAUUUUUGUGUUUUAGCUAAUCAAAAUUUGGAGUCUUAUCCUAAUAUUUUUUUUGUAUCACAAUAAAAGUGCACAAUGACUUUAAUAGGUGCUAUUCUAGAGAAAGUGCAGUCCAAAGACUCUGUUAAAAAGUAUACAUCACCGCCUCCCGAAAUUGAUGGAACUAUAUUACAAAAUAAAUCGAAAAAACGUGUUGAUAAGUUUGGACAUGUGAGGCCGGUCGUAGAUACUUCAUCCCCAAGGUAUGACGCCGAGAGGAUGUCGCGGCACCUACCAAAAUGGACGAAACAUCUUAACGAUUUGUACUAUGAGAACGUAAAGAUACUUUGCGGAAUUACUAACACUUAUAUGAGCGGAGGUAAAGUCGACAGUCGCUGGACGGUAAUGCCAUCAGGAAACAAACAGUACCACCAGAAUAGAAAGGACUCGUGUAAAAUAAUAAAUCGACAGAACCGACAAAUAUAUAAACGUAUCUCUAAAACUGGCCCACGCGUGGUGACAACAGCAUGUCUCGAUGUCGACUGGCAACGCAAUAAGCGAGAUAUGGUUCAGCAAGCUUGUUACAAGUUUGUGCUGUUUCCAAUCUCCUCGCCGGAGACCAUGGAUGACCUGGCCUUCGCGGCUUCGCCUGGAGUCAAACGGCCUAGGGUUUACAUAACACUGCGCAUGCGCAAUGCUGCGCAGCUUGGCACGCUGGUGGCGGAACUGUUCACGGACGUGUGCCCUGACACCUGUCGGCUGUUCCUGGAACUGCUAGAUGGAGACGGGCUGGGAUACGGCUAUGUGGGGACGAGGUUUUUUAGGUUGGUACGCCAGCCCAACUUACAGUCACUCUUAUCCACCAACGAAUUGUCCUACGAGCUGAGGAAGAUAUUAAUCUCACUGAUAGAAGCUGGAGCGAGAUUAGCUGCAGCCGGGAGAAACUAUGAGCUGACUUUAGCUCAAUUAUCAGCAGCUUUAGACGAACCCAAGCGCACCCAAAGGAUCGUAGCUCAAGUUAUAACUCCUGAAGAGUUGGCUGCAAAACUUAAUAAUGAAACCGUUAGGGAUUCCGAUCCAGAUACAUCUGGCAGUAACGAUUUGUAUAAAAGAGCUGAUUGCUUGGAGCGAUUUUUGGGGAAGUUCCGGUCUUGGAGAAGGAGAAUACUAGAACCACCUAACCCAGAAGCUAUAGCUGCAUUGAGGAAUCUAGGGUUUUCGUUCGAAGAUGCUGAGGAAGCACUGCGUUCAACUGGAUGCAAUGUACCAGCUGCAGCGUCUUGGUUGAUCGGGGAACGAGGAUCCAGUGUGUUUGAACUGUUGGACGGCCUUCCCGAAGGGGUCAUACUCCAGACGUUGUUGAAACAGCCUCAGAUUCAACGUGGUCUGUUGAACACUAGGAUGUUGAUAGCGUUUAUAGCAAUGGUGGGGCAGUCUGGGAGCGCGUCCCUUUGGUUAAACUCACCUCAUGGGAGUCCUCUACUCUCGCAAAUAUCAAGGACGUAUCACUCUGAGAAGUACUGCUUGGCUGUGAAUCAGUUUUCUGAAAGGCGAGAGAACUGUACGGCACCGUCGACUUCGAAUCAGAGAAAAGUCCCCCACCUCUUCUGGAGUGGCGGCGACGUCAUAAUCGACAACGGGUUCGGAUGUUACGCUCAGAAGGGCCGAGUAAGACCCAUCUUAGCUGAGAACUACCACUUCUCGCAUUCUAUGCCAGGUUUACUGUCUAUGCGUACCACAAACGACGGUGAGCUGUGUGGUUCAUUUAACAUCACCUUCAAGGCUUUGCCGCAGUUCGAUCUCAAAAACGUCGUGUUUGGCAGAAUCAUUCGCCCUUGUGCCACGUAUGACGUCAUCAGUACCCUGGGCAGACCUCUCAGCACGCACCCUAUCGUCGAGGUCGCAGCCACGAGGCGCAGGGUUAACCGCCACUGGGUCGUUGGCGCUCGGAACACGAAGUUGCGACCAGCUACUCCAAAACAUGUGCCGACAUCGUUAUAAAUGUU